AUGACUCAGGAGCUAAAAGAGCUUGCUGCCCUGGCGUAUCGAGACACUACCCAAGAGAACAGGGACUACUGGAAGAACGAGAUGGCUCAAGCGCUGCGCGACAUACAGGCUGAAUACGACUCCAAGAUGGAUACUAUCAAAGGUGACCUGGAGGCAUUCUAUAACAUGAAGCUACAGGAGCUACGCAAUAACACUGCCCGAGGUGGCAUGGAAACGGGACAAUUGAGAGAAGAAAACGCAAGAAUCAAAAGUCAAUUGAUGGAGCUACGUAAACGCCUCCCUGAUCUGGAGGCCAGGUUCUCGAAGGAGACCGAAUCUUAG